AGCCUCGCACUUGUGAGAGUCGCAGACUUAGGCUCUGGUUGUUAGACAGUCAGUGGUUAAAAGUUCAUCAUUUCCUAAAAUUACUUAGUGUUGAGUUGAUAGAAAGGUGGUGACAGCUAUGUUGUCCACCCCGAGGAAGCUCUUCUGCUUUAAGAAGGAGCCGAAAACCCCCUUGGGGUUUUGUGACGGCCCAAGCAGGGCAACGGGAUACUUGUCCUGCUUUCACUGUGGAACUGAAGACAGGUACUGCCAGCCUUAUGACCCGGAAAAUGAAUUUCAUGAGGCAGUAUGCAUGGGAAAGCUCAAAGUGGUGGUGCGUCUCCUCAGGAAGAAGCAAUUUCAUGUGAACGAUGAGGAUGAAGGGAAACGAACUGCGCUCCACUUUGCGUGCUUCUAUGGGCAUAUCGAUCUGGUUCGUUUUCUGAUAUUUAAGGACUGUGAGAUAAAUGCCCUUGAUAAUCAAAUGUCCACACCACUAAUGAAGGCUGUACAGAGCUGGGAGACAGAGAUCGUGUCUGUCCUACUUGAUCAUGGAGCAGAUCCCAAUAUCAAAGACUGCAACGGAGAAGCAGUGAUCCACCAUGCAGUGUAUGUAGACAGGCCAGAUAUUGCCAGCAGUCUUCUUGAAUUUGGGGGAAACAUUGAAGAUACUACAAAGGAUGGGUUGACCCCUCUGCUGCUAGCACUCCGAGAAAGGAAACCCCGCAUGGCAGCAUACCUAAUCACACACGGUGCGAAUCUUCACGUAUCUGAUCAAUAUCUAAGAACAACACUCAUGUAUGCUGUUAGAUGGGAUUGUGAAAUUAUGGUUGAAAUUUUACUGAAGAAAGGUGUUGAUCACCAGUUAAAGGACACAUUUGGAUGGAGUGCUCUUUAUUAUGCCAUUAUGGGGAAACGCAAAACAUAA